AUGCUGCCUGCGCCUCACUUUACUUUUGCGACGACUUUGCGACCCGGUUCUGGCUGUUGCGACAGCACGCCUUUUGUUGCGGUCAUAUAUAUAGGAAGUCCGUUCCGCACCAUUUCUGACUGCUCCCUGUUCUAUCCUCUUCGACGGCGUGCGAGGGACAUGCACCCGCAUCCUGCGCUGCCUCCCUUGCCCGGCUGUAUCAUGUACUAAAGCCUCCUGUGCUUUAAUCGCGGCCCAGCUAGCCUGGUGUUGGGUCGCCGCGAUCCCGCUCAUCGUCCCCCCAGCCGCCCCUGCCGGAGCAUCGAUCCCCGCCCCGACCACACAUUGUUCCCCGUCUCUCCGAGUCCCUUCCAUCCGGGAGAUGGUCUCCCAAGGCUUCAAUGGCUGCCGCUCCCUUCGACAUAUCGGGGCCAGGCAGUGCCUACGCAUUCGAUAUCUACGAUGACGCCCACACGGCGAGGGCCCCGGGGCCAGGGCUCCCCAACGGGCCCUGUAACUACACAGACCAGAACCUGCCGCGCUGUGGCUGCCGCCGGUUUUGGAGCCGCGCGUCGCUCAGCAGCGGGGUCUUCCAGGACAGCGGCGCGCUGGCCGAGGUUUGCAUGUGCUCGCACCACGCCUGUUUCCACGAGGAUGCGCGGCCCGGUCAGCAGCCAGCAAUGGGGAAUGCGCCAGGACAGGAGAACCAGAGGCCCAGGGCCAACCGGGAACCAUUGAGUCCAGUCCAGCUGCCGUCGUUCCAUGUGCCGGGAAGCUUGGGGUCGUCGCUGGACCUUAGCUUGCUGGACUUUCAUCAAACCUCCGUGGUCGCCAACCCUACCCCCGUUGAGGGUGCCCACGCCGGACAGGACAGCCCACUGCCGGAUACGUUUAAUAACUGGGGAGACCUGAACCGAUCCCAAUCUGGACAUGCCAAUGGUCUGCCACCGUUUCCAGCUCAGUGUUUGAUGUCCCCGCCCCCCGCGCCGUCGACUACUGCCUCGAGCCAGGCGAGGUAUCUCAAGCCGUUUGCCGGGAAGGGCCUGCACACACUAAGUGGUGUUUCUGCGUUUAGGCCGGAAUCGCGAGAACUGGACCGUGGCAUCCGGGAAAUUGCGGAGGUGGUACAAGAUGCCGCCCAUGCCCCGACUGAAGCUGCUUCCACUCCCAAAGCGUUACCCUCGCAGGAUCGUUCGGUGUCAAGCUCAGAUGGGUACCACAAAUUAGCAGAUCGACUUGACACUCACGAGCAGCGCCUGGACAGGCUCGAAACCAACUCCUUUUCUGUUGCCGGUCACGAGGACUGCCACGACAGGCACGAAAACAUCGACCUCCGCGUCACCGACCUCGAGUCUCGGGUAGAAGAGGUGGAGAAAAUCCUCAGCGACAACGGAAGCGUGGUGAGCAGCAGGCGCACGGCGAAGCGGGACGGCGGUGCCGAUGACGCGACCGCCAGCGUCGUCUCUGUCUCGACCAACGCAACCGUGACAGCCGCGAAUCGCGCCGAGGUGUACAGCCAGCUGCAGCAGUUACAAGCACAGGUCAGGCAACUUCAGGCAGCCGCGAUGCCUUCAUACGCCAAGCCUUGGGAGCUCGAGGUCGUGUUCUUGCCGUUCCCGCUUAAAGGGAUAUGGCUCGAGGCGAGGGAAUUCCGUGCCCACCGCCGAUCGACAGGCACCAACGGCGACGACUGGACCCAGAUGCCCAACACAAUCAGCAGGGCGACGCCGGACCCGCAGUUGCCACAGUUUCAAGAAUGGACAGGGCAGGGGCAGGAGUCCAACUGGCUGCUGCCCAGGGCUUUUGCUACCGGGCGAGUCAUUGACCAGCGGCUGAGGAGCCGGGGUCUGAUCAAGACGGUUCUCGUUAGGGGACCUGAUGCUCGGAGCGUCCAGCUCGCUAUCCACAGCGCAUUUGAAGACAUCCUGCGCAUUUCCAACUCGGAUGCUCGCUCAGGAAUUGCGCCGGACUAUCCCCUAACCGAGUUUCUCGGCCUGAGGCAGGCCUGGGUCCCGCUGCGCAAGCUUCACAAAGACUCGCGUCUGCGGUUUCUCUCGCCCGCCGAGAUGGCCACGCCGGCGCUAUGGGACUUCACCUUUCUCGUGUCGAGCGUCGUCAUGAAAGCUGCAGGUGUCCAACGACUCUACAUCACGCAACCCGAAGCAUAUCUCCAGGAUCAUCCGCUCGGCUAUCACGCGCGCGAGGCAGGGUGGACGUGGCAGAAGCUGCGCCAACUGAGCCGAGUGUAUUCUGACUCCCAGAGCACCGCCGACGUUCCCGAGGCCGACGCGCUGGAAGAGUACUGGAACUGGAACGACCGUCUCGACGAGCCGCCCAGCGUGGCCACCUCCAACAUCAGUCUCCGCCAGUCCAUCCACCAGCGCGUCUCCCGACGCUCCUCUACCGAGCCAUCCACCUUGUUCUACACGGGCGUGCAGUCGCCCAUCGUCGCGGCCGGCUCCAACCGCCCCCGCGCCCAGUCCCCGCUUAUCCAGCGCGAACCCAAAGGCUCCUGGCCGCCUCACAUCCGCACCGGCUCGCUUCCCCCUGUGGGACCAGGCAUGCUCUCCCCCGCCCAAUCCCGUCGCCGCGUCUCGUCCCACGCGGCAAGCAUGACACCCUACGAGCGCCGCUCCUCGCCCUUCGCCCCCCGCCCAAGCCCCCGGCCCAGCCCUCGGCUAGGCAGCAAUGCCAUCAAUAUCCCCUUGGCCGCCGGCGCAGUCCCCAAACGCCGCUUCCCCAGCCGCUCGCCGAGCCUUGUCCCGCGGAAUACCCCCCGUUGGAGCAGAACCAGCUUGAGUCGCUCACCGUCGCUUGCGCCGGGCGGGUUGUACGGUUAUCAUGAGGACAAAAAUCAGAACAACAACCGGGAGAGGAGGACCACACCGUUUUUCUAUGCCACCCCACAUAGCGAGGCUAUCCCAGAGUAUGGCUACCAUCGCGGCGGGAGUCGCGGACCGGUGUUGAGGGGCAUUGGAAACGGGUAUGAUGCCGAGGAGGAAGAGGACGAGGAUAUGAUGGACGACAGUUUUACGACGGACGAGAGUACCGGGUCUGGGUCGGGCAGCACGGACGGGGGGUUGGAAGACGACGACGAUAGCCAGAUGGCUGAUCUCCAGCAUCAUCACAGCGCUGCUGCGUCAGCGCGGCGAAUUGUAAACGGCUCAUUCGGAUUCACGACAACAACCGACGAGAACGGCGACGACGCAGAUCUUGACAUUUAUCAAGACGAGGAAGAAGACGACGAGCUCGACGGUGUCGACACUGACGCCGGGAACAAUCUCCCAGAUAGUCAGGACGGUGCGGGCGGCGGCGGGGUGUGGCAUGGCUUUGGUCGGCAACGAACCGGGUUUUCGGAGAGUUUUCAACAGCAGCAGCAACAACAGCAGCCACUGCGGCCAGAGGAUAUACCGUGGCAGGGCAUCGAGGAUACCACCGCCACGUCUGCCCGCCGUGGCGGCUAUAUUCGCGUUGACGGCGAUGGGGACAGCGACAUGUCGGAGGACGCCGAGAACAUCGAUCCCACGUCGCAGUCUUCGCUGUCGUCGCAUUCUCAUUCCCUGUCCUCGCGAUCGCGGUCGCAACGGGGUGAUGGCGGGAUUGUGAUUCGCCCAGAUGAGGCCGGGGCAGUACCACAACAUCAACAGCAACCACAACAAGUAGGACCUCAACUGGUGGACAAUAACCGGGAUGAGGCCGAAGACGAGGACGGUGCAAGUAGCCAGGCACCGAGCGAGUAUUCGAGCAAGCCCGGCGCGUGGCAGAAUAUCCCGCUUGCUGGGGCAGCUGAGGAAGUUGCUGGUACGGCGGGAGGGGCAGGGUCCGGGCAACAGAAGCAGCAGCAACAGCAGCAGAGGCAGGAGGGGAGCGAUAGUUUUGGCGUCAUCGGUUUCCGGAUCCAUGAGGACGGAACUGCGGGGGUGGAGGAGCCGGGGGAGGAGUUGUUGGAUACGCAGUGGGGAUGAAGAGUCGUCCAUCUCCAGUUGUUCCCUUUGUCUCCUCUGUUCCUUUUUUUUUAGCAUAUACGUUUGGCUGGCAUUUUUUAUUAAUUGA